AUGAUCCGCCGGCUCCUUUCAACACUGGCUGUUUUAGCCCACGAAAACCCACUUGGGCUUCCCAAAAUGGGACGAGGUCCAGCUUCCCAAGGAUUACCGAUCAAGCAGAGAAUCCCCAACGUCAAAAAUGUGGUGCUUGUUUCCCUGGCUAAGGGCGGGGUAGGUAAACUGACGGUGGCUGCCAAUCUCGCUCUCGGGUUCCAUAAGCUUGGCAAAUCCACUGGGAUCCUUGAUGCUGAUAUCUUUGGACCACUGGUACCGAAAAUGUUCUCUUUAGACGGGGAACCCCGUCUUCUGGCUCAGGGUAAGCUUUUACCCAUGGCCAAUUACGGGGUCGAGACGAUGCUGAUGGGGUAUAUGGUGCCUCCAGAGAAGGCAGUGGUGUGGAGAGGGCUCAUGGUGAUGAAAGCGAUGCAACAGCUUUUGUUCGACGUGGCGUGGUCGCCAUUGGACUACCUUGUCAUCGAUAUGCCUCCAGGUACCGGUGACACUCAGCUUACCAUUUCCCAACAAAUUGAGGUGGCCGGAGCUGUGAUCGUGACCACUCCUCAAGACAUUGCCCUCAUUGACGCCGUCAAGGGCAUUGAAAUGUUCCGCAAAGUCGAUAUUCCCAUUUUGGGGCUUGUGGAGAACAUGAGCUACUUUGAGUGUCCUAACUGCCACCACCACUCGCAUGUUUUCGGCACUGAUGGCGCUCGCCGUCGCGCUCAAGACUACGGCAUCGACGUGCUUGGACUGGUGCCGUUGACGGAAGAGAUCUGCGUCCAGGCCGACGCCGGCAAGCCGGUGGUGGUGCUGAACCCGGAAUUGGGCCAGGUUUACGUGGACAUCGCCGCCAGUGUGGUGGCUCAAGUCGAGGGAAAGUAA